AUGAUACUUUUGGAGGUGUGCUGCUGCCUGAUUGGCUGGAUUUCACUCUACUUUGCAUUCUGUUACCUGAAUGGCCAGCGGGGCAAGGAGUGGAACUGCAGGCUGGUGACACUGACACAUGGGAUCCUCAUAGUAUGUCUUACUGCAUACAUUAGCUUCAUCGAUGGGCCCUGGCCUUUAACACAUGCAGGUACAGAGAACACCCCGCUCCAGAUCCUGGCCCUGGUGGUUAGUCUGGGCUACUUCCUAUUCGACUUUGGCUGGUGCAUCUGCGUCCGUACCGAGGGCUCUGUCAUGCUGGCCCACCACACCAUGAGCAUCGCAGGCAUCCUGUUGGCGCUGGGCCUGGGCAAGUCGGCAGUGGAGACAUGUGCCGUGAUUUUCGGCAGCGAGAUCACCAACCCCUUGCUGCAGGCCCGCUGGUUCCUCCGGCAGGUGGGCCGCUACGACAGCCUGUGGGGGGAUGCGGUGGACCUGCUCUUUAUCCUGCUCUUUGCCCUGGUGCGUGUAGGCGUGGGUGGCAUGAUGCUCUACUGUGAGCUCACCUCUCCCCGGCCCAGCCUCAUCAUGAAGGGAGGGGGCCUGGCCAUGUACACACUGGCCUGGGUCUUCAUGGUGGACAUUGCCAAGUUUGCCUGCAAGAAAAGCAGGACAAAGUACAAGAGGUGGCAUGAGAUGUGCAAGUUGGGAGAGGUGAAUGGACACACAGGGAAGACUGAGUGA